AUGCCGUCACCUUUCGAUUGCCCAGUUCCAUCUGCCUGCCCGCCGCCUAAACACGCACCAGAAAAUAAUUAUAAAUAUAUCAAAAUGAGCCGAGUUGGCAGAGGAAGACGUACACGAGUCUAUGACUGUAAUUAUAACAAAGGCGAGAGCUAUUACCGUCCAGUAUUAGAUCGUUUGGACGGUAAGGUGCCGUUAGUGAAGGAACCCGAACCGGAACGGAUCAGGUCAGAUGUAGAAACUCGUAUUCGCAGCGCUCUAGAUGACAUCGAGGCCCCAGCAGAAGAAUUCUUUGACUCGAGAGGCGCCCGCGCUAUUCGAGGCAAACCACUGUCUUCAUCUUUUGAAGACAGCGACUUGGGAGAAGAAAUAACAGAGUCACUAAAGCGGCUGCGUGCAAGCAAAAAAUCUUCACGUUUUACUGAUGAUCUUGACUUUGAGAACAGCAUCACAAGCAUUGAAAAUAGAAUGAAAAUUUCGGACAAAAUCCUAGAGAGCGUUGGUUUAGGCGCAUCUGAAAUGAGUAGUGCCCGCAAAGCUCUUAAAGAAAACGAAGAACGUACAGAAAAACGUAUUGCUCGCCGCCUAAAUGAAGAAAAUUCGCUCACAAAAUGGUCAGCUUUAAAAGAUUUCGAUGAAGAGAGUGCUGCAGCACAACGAGCAAAGGCAACAAGGGCUCGUUUAUCGGACUUGGAGGAUGAAAUGACGGAAUUGAGUGAGAAAACAGCAGCAAGGGAAAAACGCGCCGCCCGCCUUAGAGCACUAGUCGCUGAUACCGAAUCUGCAGACACGACGGUAACAGCAACAAAAAUGACUGUUCGCGCUGAAAAAGAGAAAAAGCAAGUGACCUUCUAA